UCAGUAGUAGCGAGUAAUUUUUAAGUUAAAUUCAGGCCCAGGUACUUCGUACAUGUUGGAUAGUCCUUAUAAAACCUCUCAAAAGUUUGCACCAAACAAUAGAAUUAAGAUGUUUGACAAACAGUCAACAAGUUCAGGUUUUCCUUCUCCAGUUUCGAGCAGGAAAUAAAACUAGAUUUUUCUUCUCGACAAAGGAAAGUGCAAAUAUUCUAUCUAAAUUCCCACUUAAGAAAUCAGCUAGGAGUCGGCUUGAGAAGAUGGCUAGCAGGGGAUAUAAGAAGUUUGCCAAAUGCUCGGUUAGAUUCAAGAGGAAAUCAAUACCUAACAAUGAGCAAGUUCCUAGUUCGAUUUGAUAUCCUUAUAAUGGAGAAAAGAUAAUGGAUAAAUUGAUGAAGAAUAUUCAAAAAUUCAGAAAAUGUCAGAACCGGAGUCAGAGUCAAGCUCAUGGCGAAUGCUGAGAUAAGAAAGUGUCCUUAAUCACUCCAGUUAAGGGUCUGACGAUAAUGAAGAAGGAUAAACUUAAUAAACUGAGGCAAGAUUAUGAAUCUAAUUUUUAGUCAAGUCUCAAAUGUUAUCCAAAAAUGCGUUCUUUCCAUAGAUACCUCAAGAUAUCUCAAUUUGCCAUAUCUUCGUCACUUCCCAGAGAAAGAAAAGGAGCUUAAAAAUGGACCGAUAGAAGCUGAAAUUCGUAAAACAGAAGAGCUUAGUAAAAAGUUUGAUGUGAAAAAGCACCAUCGGGGUAAUAGAAGAGUUUAUCGGACAAGUGAUAGCUACGAAAGCUCCGAUUCUGAAGAGAUAGACUACGAUAGAAGAUACAAAGAGAUCUUGAGGAAGAAUAUGAAGAACAGGGAUGAAAUAGAUGACUUAUUGAUAUAAAUGACUACAAAUUCUUAGCUUCUGAGCUAAGAUUUGGCUGACCCAAAUACCCUUUAUGGCUAAUUCUGGCUAAGAAACAGCAAGAAGAAAAUAGUUAA